GUGCCUGUCUCUGGCGCCGCAAGGGACGCAGCUCUGCUGGUGACACCGUAUUGGGGGGAACAUUGGUGACAGGAAGAGCAAGGAAAGUGACAGGGACACCGGUUGCUAAGCGGACCAGCAGAUCCUUCACGCCAGAGAAGAUCACGAGAGGAAGAGCCAAGUGAUACAGACACUGAUGCUGGUGGCAGCUGGAGACGGACAGACACAGAGACGGAUUCAUCUCUUGAAAUUCACGUCCCGGGGGUACAGAGUCGGCUGGCACAGACACAUAUACUUUCUAUCUUCUGUUCUGUCUCCCUUCAUCAAUUCCAUCUAUGCUCUGUUUCCUUGAUUUUAUAGAGGAAGAAGAGAGACUACAAUUAAAGUACUGUUGACAGCAAACAAGGUGCAGGCUAAGUGGCCAUAUAACCUGUGUACGAUUUUUGUGCAAGCAUCCUUCCUUUCAAAAGAUAAUGUGCAAAAUUUUGUUGAGGAAUGUAAUACACGGGCUUCGCUAAGUUGUGGCACUGAGUUUUUCCCAACUGUACGCUUCAUUUUUUCCAACUAAAAAAUUAUUUUUAGUACCACAAUGUCAUGCUGGUGGCUUUGGCUGACAACCGUCUUUUUCUUUUGCCACCUGCCUACUGGUGCACGAUCUGAUUGCUGGCUGAUUGAGGGGGAAAAAGGAUAUGUCUGGCUAGCAAUCUGCAGCCAGAACCAACCCCCCUAUGAGACCAUACCUCAGCACAUCAAUAGCACAGUUCAUGACCUUCGGCUCAAUGAAAACAAGUUAAAGAUAAUUGGUUAUUCCUCACUAUCCCGCUUUGGAAACUUGACAGAUCUGAACCUGACCAAGAAUGAGAUCUACUACAUAGAAGAUGGAGCCUUCAUGGGGCAGUCUAACCUACAGAUCCUGUAUCUGGGCUAUAAUAAACUGACCAACCUAUCUGAGGGAAUGUUAAGGGGAAUGCCCAGGCUGCAGUUUCUUUUUGUUCAGCAUAACCUGAUAGAUGUGGUAACACCUAAUGCCUUUUCUGAGUGCUUGAGCCUUAUCAGUAUCGAUUUGUCCUCAAAUAGAAUAAAAAAUCUAGAUAGUUCAACAUUUGCUGGUCUUCAGACUCUUAUGGUAUGUGAAUUGGCUGGGAACCCUUUCCAUUGUGGAUGUGAGCUCUAUGGCUUUCUUGAAUGGUUAGUCAUGUUUAACAAUGUCACACGCAACUUUGAUCGACUACAGUGUGAAACCCCACGUGAAUUUACUGGGUUUCCACUGCUAAGCCCAAGACCACAUCAUAGCAGAAAUGCUAUAACUGUUCUUCAAGCUCACUGUAGGAAUGGAGGACACCUCCAUCUGCCAAGGGAGAGGCCCACAUCACUAAGUACAGACUCCUUACAUGAAACAGAUGAGAGCUCUGGCUUCAAUGCUGGGGAUAUUCUGUCGCCAGAAACUACUACACCUACUCCAACCCCUGACUCUUCAGGUGGCCCCACAAUAGACAUUCACCAUGUAACAGGAAACUCAGCCACCCUGAUUGUAACAAUUCCUUAUCCCUUUCAAAAACUCUAUGUUUUAGUGCAAUACAAUAACAGCUUUGUAUAUGAUGUGACAACUCUGAAGCACAAGAAGGAAUAUAUUACUCUGGACAAACUAAAACCUCAUGUGAACUAUACAUUUUGUGUGACUUCCAUACGCUUUUCGAAACGAUACAACCACACGUGUUUAUUCCUUGCCACUCGUAUCAGAGAUGAGAAAGACUUCGCUCCCAGUACUUCUACUACAACUCACUAUAUUAUGACAAUAUUAGGUUGUCUUUUUGGCAUGGUCAUCAUCUUGGGAGUAGUUUACUAUUGUUUAAGGAAGAAGAGGAUGCAGGAAGAAAAGAAGAAAUCUCUGAAUGUUAAGAAAACCAUUCUAGAAAUGAGAUAUGGUUCAGAUGUCGAUCCCUGCUUAGGGCCUCAUUCCUCACAGAAGUUAUCUGAGCACCCCAUUCCUAUUUCUUGCAUAUCUUCACUCCCUACAUCUGUAUCUGGGCUUGGGAGUGGAGGAGAGAAAGGAAUGUCCUCCAAGCAAAUAAAUUCUCAAAUGGGGACGCCAAAAGGCACAAACUACAUGGAAGUUCGGAGUGGAGAUGGGUUAGACAGAGGCCAAAGGAGGAUGUCAGGUGAAGAAGAGGAUGAUGAUGACUUUCGUGAACUUGACAAUGGUGAGGGAUCUGCUUCUGAAAUAUCCACCAUUGCCAAGGAGGUAGACAAAGUGAAUCAGAUCAUUAACAACUGCAUUGAUGCCCUCAAGCUGGACACUGCCUCUUUUUUAGGCGGGGGGGACCCGGAGCUAGGCUACGACUGCCAGUCCGUGCCAGCCAGCUCAUCGGGCCACUUGGAGAGGCUGAGCUUCCUCUCUCCUGCAUACAAGGAGGGUGUGCACCCUCUUCAGCGCCAACUCAGUGCAGAUGCAGCCACAGUGGGCAAGAAACGCUGCAGCAUUUCAUCUAGUGGCUCCAUUAAAAGUGCCCGAGUUUUCAGUUUGGAUGUUCCUGACCAAUCUUUAAAAUGUGACUCCAAAUAUAUUGAAAAAAGCAGUCCCCUUAACAGCCCUUUGGAUCGCCUUCCUCUAGUGUCUUCUUCUGGAGUACAACAUCUAGACGUCAAGCCUUCCUACCACUGCAGUGAGCACCGGCAUUCCUUCCCAGCCCUCUAUUAUGAGGAAAGCGCUGAUACACUAAGCCAGAGGGUCAGCUUCCUAAAACCCCUUUCCCGCUCUAAAAGAGACUCCAGCUACUCCCAACUGUCUCCUAGACACCAUUUCUCUGGAUACUCCUCAAGCCCAGAGUACUCCACUGAAAAUACCCACAAGAUCUGGGAGCGCUUCCGUCCUUACAAAAAACACACCCGGGAAGAGGUCUAUAUAGCAGCUGGACAUGCUCUGCGCAAAAAAGUCCAGUUUGCUAAAGGGGAGGACUUGCAUGAUAUUUUGGAUUACUGGAAAGGGGUAUCUGCACAACAAAAACUGUGACUGGCACCUUAAAAGGUGUAAAAGGUAUAAAAGGAUGUCAGGGAAGUUGACAGUUUUUUGUUGAGAACUGUGGUGUUGACGUAUCACAGUUUGCAAUUAAAGUUUACAUUGGAGGUGGGGGGCUGUACCUCAUAAAGGUGGGGAGGAGAAAGAUGGACUUGCGGGUUGGACAGGACAUUUUCAGGCACAGUUCUCCCCCCUUUAAAACACCACCCCCUCCAUUUCACACACUGUACUAGUGGCUUUCUCUCCAUUAAUAUAUUUAAUUUAAGUUUAACUUUUAUUCCCCCUCAAAGCUGUCGUAAGCUGAAUUCACACAGCAAUAAGGCACUUCAGGGUUUUAAAUAUGUUUGAAAACCUAUUUUGUGUAUUUAUUUUGAAAAGCAUGAUGAAAUUCAGUUCACAAAUGGUGCAAAAUAAUAGGGUUACCUUAAGAAUAAAAAAAAAAAAGAGACAGCAGGUACGCUUGUUUGAGAUUUAUCCUACACAGAGGAGAGUUUCUGGAGUUUCUAUAAACACAUCUGUACUUCUUAGAUUUAAAGAGGCAACAGCUAAAUUAUAGUUCCUAUACCAGUGAUCCCCAACCAGCGGCUCAGGGGGAACAUGUUGCUCCCCAACCCCUUGGAUGUUGCUCUCAGUGGCCUCAAAGCAGGUGCUUAUUUUUGAAUUUUUGGCUUGGGGCAAGUUUUGGUUGCAUAAAAAGCAGGUCUACUGACAAACAGAGCCUCCUGUAGGCUGCCAGUCCACAUAGGGGCUACCAAAUAGCCAAUCACAAAUCAAUUUUUUUACCCAUGCAAACUUUUUGUAUGUUUGCGUUGCUCCCCAACUCUUUUUACCUUUAAAUUUGGCUCAUUGGUAAAGAUUGGGGACCCCUGUCCUUUACGAUAGUUUCUUAAGGUAUAAGUAUAGCAUAGCUGCCAUGACCCCUGUAUUAUAUAUAGUAUAGAUUGCCAUUAAAUUAGCACUUAAAAGGACAGUAUUUUUUUUUUUAAUUAAAGUUUUGUCCUUCAUGAAACAUACAAAGUAUAUCCCCCCUCUCUAGUAAAAUGCUAAAGAGUUUAUCUCUAGUCUUUUAUAGAUGAUUUUUAUAUGUUCUAUAAUUUUUUGUGUGUCGAAAAAAAGCCAGAGCUUUAAUUGGUGGACUCAUUUAUUAAAACAAAGCAUAUAUGUCCCAGGUGUGGCAACCCCUAGCAAUCAAUCACAGACUUCCUUUCUUACCCACUGUAGACUCCAUGAUUGGCUGCCUGGGGGGCACUGGUGCAGAUUUGUCUGGUCAUAGUAAAUGAGCCCUAAUAAUGUAUUUUGCGAAGCUUUACCAGCAUAUCACCAUAAAGUUUACAUUGUGGUUGUUUAGCUUAGCAGAGGACAUAUUUCAGAAAUGCUUCCAGUCCACCCUUUGAUCAUUGCACAAUUACAGGUGGAUGAAGAUCGACUUAACAUACUAAAGGUCCAGUUAGUAUACACAGUAAAGUUUCUUUCAUCCAAACUCUUCAUGGAGUGCCUUUCAAAUGAGAGGUCUACCAACAUACAGUAAGACUGUCAUUAGCGCAAGCACAUUUACAGUUUGUAGGUCGGGCACCUUGAAUAUGCUUUAAUAGAAAUUUUGUAUACUGAUUUAAAGAGCCACAAUACCUUCAAAUCUUCCUGCAGAAUUAUACUUAGAACAGGGAAUACUUAUUUUGGCAUUGAUUUAUGUUGUCUCUCAGUGCAACCUAUAAAAAUCCAUAGGGAGUUGUCUCUGCUAUGGAAAGUGCCAUUUAGAGCAAUGGCAGCUUCACUGGCCUUUUCCACACUCCUGGGCUGCCAGAACUCUUCCCUAUUCGGUCUUCUUCUAAUGGGAUUAAACAAGAGAAGGCUUAUGUAAGGUCAUACAAAGCUUGCUCACAACCUAUGGGGCAAAAUAAUUGAAAGCAGAGCAAGCAACUUUUAUGGGGGGAACUAUUUGGUACAUAAAGAAACA